CGGUUGCGUGUUAAAAAGCGUGAGCCGUAGUAAUUAUCUGCUCGAUGCAAUCGCGUUCUAAAUGGUACUAAGGUCCAUAGAUAGAGAGUUUUUGUUGUUUUCCAUUAUCAUGAGAUGGGUGAGCUCUAAGUACACUAGUGCGAAGUGUCCAGCACUUCCUUCCGAGAGGUUAUACUACGAGAAAUCAACAAAGAAGUUCAGUGGCCAAAACACCGUCUCCCCAGGGAGAUCAGUUAACAAAAAAUCGGGAAGCAAACAAUCUAAAUCGCUUCGUCAGCAGCGAGAUACGGGCUCUGGUCAAGGUGAUGGCUCUUAUCACCUGCUUCAAUCCCCGAUAGAUGGAUAACGUGGAGCGCUGCCCCGGGAGCGGCUACGUUUCCGUAUCAGCCCAAAAUACUCCUCCAAUUGUGCAGCAAAUUGUACCGAUAAGGGAGCCCCGUAACUGAUUAGAUGUUGACGAAACACUAUUACUCAGAGAGGAACCCUUUGGCAGCCCAGCUGGCAAGGCUAAUCGUUGGUUGAAUCACGGAUUUCGCUGUUCGGUGUGUUGUUAUUGCUUCAUUUCCGCUGGCGACACUCAGCAGGAAGGAAGUGUGCGGUUCAAUCGCAUCGGCAGUGAAACGGUUAACUUUUGUGCUCAAAAAACGCGCGCGAGUAAAAUGAUUCGACGAAUCUGGAAAUCCAUCUCCUCCGUGUAUCUACUGUAUGAGCUAAACACCUGCAUCUACAUGCUCGAUCCUUGGGAAAAGCGGUUUGUCAAUGCGUUCAUUUUUGCCAUUUUAGGCUUGCUCAUCUUCUCCAGCUAUACCUUCCUGCCGGACUACACGCGGAGGCUAGUGUACGCCUUCCUGCCAGCGCAUUCCAUGUCCGAACUGGACCGCGACAAUCCCCGAUCGAUGGAGUUCAACAUACGAGCGACAUAGAACCAGCGUGCUCUGCCCUUGUGAUAAAUCUUCCGUGAAAAAGAGCAAUCAUCCGUCUGGUCCGUUUGGGAGGACUGCAACUACACUCUGCCGCAACCGUCGGGGAUCAUCAGCAUGUACAACCAACCAUUGCGGCGAACGAAAGUGAACGUGGAGUACGGAAAGAAUAUGCGUGAUUUAGAGGCAUCCGGGCGAAUAUCCGAGAGCAAAGUAGUCUAGGAAGUGUGCACAAAGAAUGGCAUUCGCCAACGUCUCUGCCAUCAAUUUCUCACUCCUUUGCAAAGAUUGUGCUACUAGAAAUAUGGAUUUUUUAAAGAAUAAAACGAAUAAUUGAAUAAAA